UAAUUCAGUACAAACUAAUUUCAUUUGUUAUUGUCGGUUUGCUGUGACUUGCGGUGUAUAAUGUCUUCGUCAAUUUUUGCGAAUGUGCCUAAAGGGCCGGCAAUCGAAGUUUUUGCCUUGACGCAAGCAUUUAAAGAGGACUCGAGCAACAAGAAAGUGAAUUUGUCUGUGGGUGCUUACAGGGCAGAGAAUGGCGAGCCAUGGGUAUUGCCGGUUGUCCGGAAAACGGAAAUUGGAAUUGCGGGAGAUACAUCAAUUAACCAUGAGUACUUGCCAGUGACGGGUCUUGAUACAUUCACGCGCGCUGCAACGGAAUUGGCCUUGGGAGCGGAUUCAGUGGCAUUAAAGGAGAAGCGUGCUUUUGGUAUACAAACCAUAUCUGGAACAGGAGCCCUCCGUGUAGCCGCUGAGUUUUUAUUCCAUCAAUUGAAAUGCAACACAGUCUACUAUUCGAAUCCGACCUGGGAGAAUCAUCAUAAGAUUUUCGCCGAUUGUGGCUUUACCAAUCUGCAUUCGUAUCGCUACUGGGAUCAAAAUAAGCUCCAGCUGGAUUUCAGUGGCAUGUUGGCUGACUUGGAACAGGCGCCCUCAGGGUCUGUGAUCAUUCUGCAUGCAUGUGCCCACAAUCCCACCGGCAUGGAUCCCACCCAUGAGCAGUGGAAGCAAAUUGCCGAUCUUAUGGAACGAAAGAAGCUGUUCCCACUGCUCGAUUCAGCCUAUCAGGGUUUUGCCAGUGGCAAUCCCGAUCAGGAUGCUUGGGCCAUUCGCUAUUUUGUGGAUCGCGGCUUUGAGCUGUUUGUGUGCCAAUCUUUUGCCAAGAAUUUCGGCUUGUACUGCGAGAGAGCUGGCAACUUGACGGUGGUGCAACAGAGUCCUGCUACCAGAGACAUGAUUCACUCUCAGAUCACGUUGAUCAUUCGCGGAAUAUAUUCAAAUCCGCCGGCGUACGGCGCUCGCAUCGUAUCCAAAGUACUAAACACUCCUGAACUACGUCAGGAGUGGAUGGAUUCCAUCCAAAACAUGUCGGGCCGCAUCCGUGAAAUGCGUAAACAGCUGCGCGACAAACUCGUCGCAUUGGGAACUCCUGGAAAUUGGGACCACAUUGUUAAGCAGAUUGGCAUGUUUUCGUACACGGGACUCAACGAGAAACAAGUUGCAGUUCUGAUCAAGGAUUACCAUAUUUAUUUGCUCAGAACAGGACGAAUCAAUAUGUGUGGCCUAAACACUGGAAACAUUGACUAUGUUGCGAAAGCUAUCAAUUCAGCUGUGACCGGAGUUCCAGCUGUCUUUGAGAAUAAACUAUAAGUCGUCUGCACGCAUAACAUCAGAUAGACAAUAAUUGCAGUUAAAAGAAUAGAUCGUUAUGAUUAUAUGCUUUACCCACGUAGAGAGUGAAAAAUGCAUGCAUUAAGCCUAUUAAGUAUAAAGUUGCAUUUUUAGAAAUUAUUCAAUUAGUAUCCGAUUGUAUUAAAAAGCUCAACAUGAAUACACACAAAAAGCAUUUACAUCGAAUUGUUAUUGUUUUCACGUGAAAUAUUCAGUGCAAUAAAUGUAUUUACACCUUAAAA